GGAGGAGGAGUGUAGAAUGACAGAGGGAGAGAGAACUCUGGCACCUCUCAGAUCUCUGCUGUGGCGAGGGCUCCUGGUUGAAGCACAUUCCUCAAGCAGCCAGAGACGAAAAGGCAGCGGGACAGUGCGGAGGAGAAGUCGCGACAUCCUUUAAAUCUCUUCGUGACCACAUAGGACUGCCUCUCACCUCCUCUCGGCUCACUCACUGCUCACACAGACACUUGCUAAGCUGCGUAACGCACCAGCCGCUCAACCAGCUCUGCUGCCCUGUCAGAAGUAAAGGAUUUCCCCGAUUGAGGCACAGGGACAGAAAGAAUAAAAAAAACUGAUUGAGGAAAAGAAAUUUAAAUCACUGAAGAGGCGGAAAGGCUUCUCUUUUACUCGAGUUAGUGCCAUGCAGUGGUAAGCUGAGGAAAGCCAAGCUGAACUGAUCUGCUCUGAAGACUUUCUUACCCUUCACCCUACCCUAUCAGUCCCAGAUGGAGCUCAAAGUGUGGGUGGAUGGAGUAGUGCGGGUUGUCUGCGGUCUGUCCGAGGAGACUUCCUGUCAGGAUGUGGUCAUUGCUCUAGCACAGGCCAUUGGUCAGACAGGCCGUUAUGUUCUUAUUCAGCGUCUAAGGGACACAGAAAGGCAGCUGCUGGCCACAGAGAGGCCUCUGGAGUCUCUCGCAAAGUUGGGCCAACAUGGCAAUGAAGUUCAGUUCUUUCUACGUCGCACUGGCCCCAGCAGCAGUGAUGGACCUGGCUCAAAACAAGAGAGACCUAAUCCCCUUCCAUUGCCUAAGCAUCCUGAACCAGAGCCUUUGAAACGUAGCCAGCCUAAAAAAGCCCUGACCUUUAACUUGGGGCCUUCCACCUCUCCUAAGACCAAGGCCAAACAACUUAAGAGGUCUCCACGGGACUCUCCAGAACAAAGAGCCUCCCCCUCUCCUUCAUCCAGCCCUCUGUCCCCUCAUAUGUCAUCCCCUUCUCCCUCACUACCUAUAGGCCCUUCAAAAGAUGAAGUAUUCAGGAAAGUUCUUCAGCAACAGGAGAGACUAAGAGCCAUUGAGGCCCAGCUAGAAGCCCUAGAGAGGGAGUCACACACCUGGGAGCGUCCCUACCCAUCUCCAUGUCCCUCACCUGUUUCUGAUGCUCGUUUGCAAGACGAGAUGGACGCUUUGGAGCAAGCAAUGCGAAGGAACCAAGCAGAGCUUGCACAUGAGCAGUACUGGGAGGAGGAGCUAAAAGCCGAGGUAGAAAGCGAGCGAGGAAUGCGAAGGAAGCUUGGAGAGCUCCAUACAAAGCUAGAUGACUGUGGACGGCGGCUCCAUGAAUUCUCAGUUCGCUCUGCUCAGCUGGAGGAAGAGAUCCAGCGGGAAACCCAGACACAAGGGAAAGCCACAGGACCUGAGGAGUCGUUUGACGCUGUAAGGGAAGAGUUACAAAGUCGAGAGAGACAUGGGACAGAGCUAGAGGAACAGCUAUCUGAGACUGACAAGGCUCUGGAGAAAGCAGAGUCUCUGUUGCAGGACAAACAGGAUGAGCUGGAGGAACUGAAUAAGGAGCUGAGGCAGUGUAACCUGCAGCAGUUUAUUCAACAGGCGGGUGUCCUGCCUGUUCAAACCAACUCACGCACAGAGCUUCAGGAGCAACUGGAGCAAUUUCUACAGGAUGGAUACAGGGAUGGAAAUCAGGGUGUAAUUCAAUUUGAAUCUCCACCUCGUCCUACUGCAAAGCAGUUCCUGGGACAUCCACGCAACCUUCAAAACCCUCUAGUGUCCAGCCUCAACCCUGAGGUCCUGACAUCCCGAGACUCGUCAUGGAGAUAAAACAUGGACCGCAGGGCCAAGGAAAAGUUGUUCACUGUUCUGUCACCAUCACCUCUUAUUUAACACUUUCCUUUGUAACGCUCAUUUAUUUUUUCAAUAUACCAUGAUAUAUAUAUAU